CCACUGCAAUCUCACCUCUUCUUAUACACUGUGCGAGUUCCAAUCUCAGCGCAGCGACUGCCACAAGCGUUGUCUUUACUUCUCGCUGCUCGGAAUACCCAACCAAGCGGCGAUGAGCUACGGCACCCGGAAACCCCACUUCGUCUUGGUUCCUCUCUUUGCCCAAGGCCACAUGAUCCCCAUGAUCGACCUGGCUCGUCUUCUCGCGCUCCGCGGGAUGGUCGUCAGCGUCGUGACCACCCCCCGCAACACCGCCCGGUUCAAGGCCAUGAUCGAUCGUGCAAACGCGGCCGGCCUGCUGAUUCGAUUUGCGGAGCUUCGGUUCCCCUGUGCCGAAGUUGGGUUGUCGGAGGGCUGCGAGAACGUCGACCUCCUCCCGUCAGAGGAGCUCGCCAGAAACUUCUUUGCGGGGUUGAACAUGCUGCGAGAGCCUUUGUUGGUCUACCUCCGUCAGCAGUGCUCGAAGCCAAGCUGCAUCAUCUCCGACGCAUGUUGUCCGUGGACGAGUGAGGUCGCUCGCGAGCUGCGCGUGCCUCGCUUGGUAUUCCACGGGCCCUCCUGCUUCUUCCUCUUGUGCACUCAUAACGUGAGCAAGCACAAGUCCGGUGGCCAUUUAGCCGAUGCAUUCGAGCCCUUCCUCGUGCCCGGCUUUCCUCACAAGCUGGAGGUGGUGAGAGCCCAAUCUUUGAAGUUCUUCGACUAUCCAGGAUGGGAGAAGCUUCGCGACGAGGCGGCGGAGGCUGAAGCCAGCGCCGAUGGGUUGGUGAUAAACAGCUUCCGCGAACUGGAGGCCGCCUACAUCGAUAGCUACCAGAAGGCGCUCGAGAAGAAGGUUUGGGCAGUAGGACCGGUCUGCCUCUCCAACAACGAGACCGGUGACGAGGUUGCGAGAGGGAACAAUACGAACGUCGACGAGAACCAGAUUAGGAAUUGGCUGGACGCCAAGGAGACGGGGUCCGUCAUCUACGUUAGCUUCGGAAGCAUCGCGAGCCACAGCUCUUCUCAUCUGAUCGAGAUUGGACUCGGCCUGGAGGCGUCGAAGAGGCCAUUCAUCUGGGUGAUCAAGGAGAAAGAGAUGUCGCCGGAGGUGGCGAGCUGGCUAUCGGAGGGGUUCGAAGAGAGAACGAGCUGGAGGGGCCUGAUUCUGAAGGGGUGGGCGCCGCAGAUGCUGAUCCUGUCACACCCCUCCGUGGGAGGAUUCAUGACGCACUGCGGUUGGAACUCGACGCUGGAGGCGGUGUCGGUCGGAGUGCCGAUGAUAACAUGGCCGCACUUCGCCGACCAGUUCCUCAACGAGAAGCUGGUAGUGGAAGUUCUGCGGAUCGGCGUGGCGCUCAAGAUCAACAUGUCCAUUCCUCGUAUUACCGGUGAUUCCGAAGGUCUGAUCACUCGGGAGGAAGUGGAGAAGGCGGUCUCGGAGCUGCUGGAUGGAGGAGAAGAGAGGAGGAAGAGGGCCAAGGAGCUGGGGGAGAAGGCGAAGAAGGCAAUGGAAGGAGGCCAGUCGUGCGAAGAUUUGACGCUCAUGAUCCGACAUGCUCUGGAGCUGGCAGAGGAGGGGAGGCUUCCGGUGCACAGGAGCUCUAGUUAGUUAUCUUAUCGAAACUCAAGUGAGGGAUGCCGUUCGAGUGCAGACAUUGGACUCCAAGGACUUGAGAUUUUUAUAAACUUUUUUUAUUUAAAAAAUUAAAAUAAAUGGGUGCUUAUUACUCUUUGA